GAUCUGUUUACUCCUUAUUGUUGAUGAUGCGCGUUCACGAACGACUACGGGCGCGCGGCCCGACUAUCCAGGCUCCAAUCAUCUCACUCGGUGCUGCGCACUUGCCUCGCCCCUUUGUCCUCUGUGCCUCUUUUGAUGUUGUUCCGCUUUGAAUCAGAUCACCGGCAUUUCCUCGGUGAAACAGUUAUCGGCUGCACGCGGGCCGGACCACUUUAAAAUCUGGGGUAUGCGGGGGAACUUGGUGCGAUUCGCCUUUCCGUAGAGUGAAAGAACCCGAGGCCCACGAAUCUACACGAUGCGAUUCAACGAUGGUUUCUGGCUUUUGCGCAAUGGGGUCAAGCCCUACUAUGGCAUGCAGGUCACCCAAUCGAAGGAAAUCGACGGGGCCGCACAAUUGGUCGUCGCGACCAAGCCUAUCCGUCAUCGUGGCGAUACUUUGGGAGGACCUCUCUUGACCGUCACGGUGCACUCUCCGACUGAGGGUGUUAUCGGUGUCAAGAUCGACCACUUCGUGCACAUCAAGCCUACGCCUGAGAUCACACUCUUCCCAGAUGAUCCCGCUGUCUUGAACUCGUCGCUGAAGAGCACUGAGUCCGGCUACACGCUCACCACAGGUGGACUGACCGCCGAAAUCACCAACAACCCAUACUCGAUUACCUUCAAAUCACCAGACAAGACGCUGACGUUUGCUGGGCCGAAGCAUCAAGCGAUGUUUGAUGUUCCCUCUCGUUGGGCUGCGCUUUCCGCGUCCAACAGCUCUUGCCUGGCUCAGGAUCCAAGCUCGAACCCGACUCCGGCCCCACUUCCUACCAUGGUCCGGUACAUCAACUCCGAGCUCAACAUCUCCCUGGAGAGCUCAUUUACGGGUUCGUCAAUCAAGAUCUGGAAUCAAGAUGGUGGAACUUCCAGUGACCAGGCCUACAAGUGCAUCCCAUUCUACAUGACUAACCGCGGCUACGGAGUGUUCAUCAAUAAUCCAGGCGAGAUCGAGGUCGAAGUCGGGAGUGAGAAAGUCAGCCGUGUCGGUGUCUCGAUCGCAGGAACCAGCCUCGAGUACUUCCUGAUCUAUGGGCCGACACCUUUGGAGAUUCUGGAGAAAUACACUCGGAUCACUGGCCGACCCGCGCUUGUUCCACAAUGGACAUUCGGUCUCUGGCUGACGACCUCGUUCUUGACUUCCUAUGACGAGAAAACGGUCUCUGGAUUCCUCCAAGGAAUGGCUGACAGAGACUGCGAUGUGCGGGUGUUCCACAUCGACUGCUUCUGGAUGAAGCAAUACGAAUGGUGCUCGUUCACGUUUGACCCGGAAUUUUUCCCCGACCCAAAGGCCUACUUGACAGACAUCAAGAAGAAGUAUGGGGUCAAAAUCUGUCUAUGGAUCAACUCGUAUAUCUCUCAGCUUUCACCCAUCUUCCAAGAAGGUGUCGAGGGCGGUUUCUUUAUCAAACGGCUCGAUGGAACUCCUUGGCAAUGGGACCUCUGGCAGCCCGGUCUUGCCGUCGUCGACUUUACUAAUCCGGCGGCAUGUGACUGGUAUAAGAGCAAGCUGCUUGCUCUGAUGGAUCUUGGUGUGGAUUGCUUCAAGACCGACUUUGGAGAGCGAAUUCCUCACACCGGCGUCGUUUACCACGACGGCUCCGAUCCGAUGAGAAUGCAUAACACGUAUACCACUAUCUACAACGGCCUUGUCUUCAAGAUGAUCGAAGAACGCCUGGGAAAGAACGAGGCUGUGCUCUUCGCGCGAUCAGCUGCGACUGGGGGUCAACGAUACCCUGUGCACUGGGGUGGUGACUGCGAAUCUACUUUUGAAGCGAUGGCUGAAGCGAUGCGCGGUGCUCUUUCGUUGACAAGCUCUGGUUUCGCCUAUGCCUCACACGAUAUUGGUGGAUUCGAGGGCCACCCAGAUCCGCAGAUCUACCAGCGCUGGGUCGCAUUUGGUCUUUUCUCGAGCCACAGUCGACUGCACGGCUCCGGGUCAUACCGUGUGCCCUGGGUGUACGGCGAGGAGGCUGCCGUGAGCAUGGCCAAAGUACUCGACGCCAAGCACCGGCUGAUGCCUUAUCUCUACAACUUGGCGAUCCAAUCCCACACGACGGGACACCCACUGCAACGCGCCAUGUUUAUCGAAUUCCCUCAGGAUCGUAACACACACACACUCGACCGUCAGUAUAUGCUCGGUCCCUCGCUCCUGGUUGCGCCUGUGUUUGUCGACGUCAAUGAGGAGGUCGAAUACUACCUUCCGGCAGGCACGUGGACUUCUUUCUGGCACCCUGAGCGUGUCGUCAAGGGUCCCGUGUGGCUCUCCGAGCUCGUUCCCAUCGACGAAAUCCCGGUCUGGGUCAAGGACGGCACUGUUCUGCCCUUGGGUCCGUCCAAGAUCAAACGACCCGAUUAUGACUAUACCCAGGGCUUGACACUCUCCGUCUACCAGCUUGCUGACGGCCAGUCCGUUGAUACCAUCAUUCCCGGAUCAACAGGCGCCGAAAUUGCCGCCGUCAUUCGCACAGAGAAGAAGAACGGGGAGAUCAAAGUCUCCGUCAUUUCUGGCCAGCUCCAACUCAAGGCAGUUUCCUUACUUGGAGAAAGUGUGAAGGAAGUCACUGGCGGGAAACUUGAAGCCAACACUAUCAUUGUGGACGGAGCAUCGGAAGUGGUAGCCAAACUGUAAAAUCAAUUAUGUAAUGAACCUUCCUUUUUCGGUUGACAG